AUUAUUCACCGUAAUCUUCAACGAAAAAAAAAGCCGACAACAACCGAUGAUUUGUUCAUUUCUUCCUUGCUAUUUGCCUAAAUAUUUACAGUCUUUCUAACAUCCUUAGAUUAUAUUGUUCUGAUAAUUAGUAUCUUUUGGACAAUCAAAUUCAAGAAUCCGACCAAAAAAAAAAAAAAACCCAAAAAUGUUGGAGGAUCAAGUGGCUUACCUCUUGCAGAGGUAUUUGGGGAAUUACGUGAUAGGUCUCAAUAAAGAAGCUCUUAAUAUCAGUGUUUGGCAAGGUGAUGUUGAACUAACAAAUAUGCAACUGAAGCCAGAGGCACUUAAUGCAUUGAAGUUGCCGGUGAAGGUUAAAGCAGGGUUUCUUGGAUCAGUUAAACUCAAGGUUCCAUGGAGUAGGCUUGGUCAGGAUCCAGUUUUGGUUUACUUAGAUCGCAUUUUCUUGUUAGCUGAACCUGCAACCUCAGUUGAAGGCUGUAGUGAGGAUGCUAUCCAAGAAGCUAAGAAAAGCCGAGUACGGGAAAUGGAAACGAAGCUGUUAGAGAGAAUGCACCAGUUAAAGCCUGAAAUGAAUAAAUCAUGGUUGGGAUCCCUUAUCAGCACAAUAAUUGGUAACUUGAAGCUCUCAAUCUCUAAUAUUCACAUCAGAUAUGAGGAUCUUGAGAGCAAUCCUGGCCACCCUUUUGCGGCUGGCCUUACAUUGGAGAAACUCUCAGCUGUAACUGUUGAUGAUAGUGGGAAGGAGACUUUUGUUACUGGCGGUGCAUUGGAUCGUAUACAGAAGUCUGUUGAACUGGAUCGACUUGCUCUUUACUUGGAUUCUGAUAUAUCACCAUGGCAUAUCAAAGAGCCGUGGGAGGAUUUACUUCCUGCUGAGUGGGUUCAGGUUUUCAGAUUUGGUACAAAAGAUGGCAGACCAGCUGAUCAUCCUACAGAAGAGCACAGCUAUAUCCUGCAGCCAGUGACUGGAGAUGCAAAGUACAUGAAGCUGCGGCAAAAUGAAUCAUCUAAUAGUGAUGAGCCUCUCCAAAAAGCAGCAGUGAGCCUGGAGAAUGUCACACUUUGUUUGUCGAAGGAUGGAUACAGGGAUAUUUUAAAAUUGGCUGACAACUUCACGGCCUUCAAUCAGAGGUUGAAAUAUGCCCAUUACCGUCCGUCUUUCACUUUGAAGUCAGAUCCAAGGUCUUGGUGGAAGUAUGCUUACAAAGCUGUUUCUGAUCAGAUGAAGAAGGCUAGUGGAAAACUGUCAUGGGAGCAGGUUUUGAAAUAUACAAGGUUGCGGAAGAAAUAUAUAUCCCUCUAUGCAUCACUGCUUAAAUCUGACGUGAAUCGGCCAGUAGUUGAUGACAAUAAAGAAAUUGAGGAACUUGAUCGUGAACUUGAUAUUGAACUUAUACUGCAGUGGAGAAUGUUGGCGCACAAGUUUCUUGAGCAGUCUAUAGAAUCAGAAGACUAUUUGAAGAAGCAGAAAGCUAAACAAUCAUGGUGGUCAUUUGGAUGUCAAUCUUUUAAAGAUGAAACCGAAUCAUUACAUUUCAGUGAAGAGGAGUGGCAGCAAUUAAAUAAAAUUAUAGGAUAUAAGGAAGAUGAAGAUGGGCAGUCGCUUAUGAUCGAUGAAAACCCUGACAUUCUUCAGACUGUUUUGGAGAUUCACAUGAAACAUAAUGCUUCAAAGCUUCUGGAUGGAGCCCAUACAUGUCUUGCUGAUUUAUCGUGUGAAGGACUUGAUUGCUCCAUUAAGCUUUAUCCAGAGACGAAAGUGUUUGGUGUGAAACUGGGGUCAUAUCAAUUAUCAUCUCCUAAUGGUCUUCUUGCUCAGAGUGCGACUACAGCUGACUCUUUAGUUGGUGUCUUCUGCUAUAAGCCUUUUGAUGCUAAAGUAGACUGGAGCAUGGUUGCUAAAGCUUCUCCUUGUUAUGUGACUUAUCUCAAGGAUUCCCUCGAUGAAAUUGCCAAAUUUUUUGAAAGCAAUACAGCUGUGAGCCACACAAUUGCACUGGAAACUGCAACUGCUGUACAGAUGACAAUUGAUGAAGUAAAACGGUCUGCUCAGCAACAAGUGAACAGGGCUUUGAAGGACCAUACCAGGUUUCUGCUAGAUUUGGAUAUUGCAGCUCCUAAGAUUACAAUUCCAACUGAAUUUCAACCUGAUAACAAGCAUUUCACAAAGCUUCUUCUUGAUUUGGGAAAUUUGGUCAUUCGUUCACAGGAUGACAAUGCACUCACAUCUCCUGAGGAGCUGGAUUUGUAUUCGCAGUUUGAUUUGGUUUUAAGUGAUGUAUCUGCUUUUUUGGUUGAUGGUGAUUACCAUUGGAGCCAAACAUCUCUAAAGAAGUCUGCGGCUUCUGCCAACACUGAUGGUCUUAGUUUCUUGCCCGUUAUUGACAAAUGCGGGGUAAUCUUAAAGCUUCAGCAGAUUCGCUUAGAGAACCCGUCAUACCCGACAACAAGGCUUGCUAUACAAUUACCAUCUUUAGGGUUUCACUUUUCUCCUGCUCGGUACCAUAGAUUAAUGCAAGUAAUUAAAAUAUUCCAAGAGGAGGAAAACGACAGCCCAGAUCUGCUUUAUGCUUGGAAUCAAGCUGACUUUGAGGGUUGGUUGUCUGUUCUUAGUAGGAAGGGUGUGGGAAAUAGGGAAGCUGUAUGGCAGCAGCGAUACUUGUGCUUAGUAGGGCCUUUUCUAUAUGUACUUGAAAGUCCUGUCUCCAAGUCAUACAAGCAGUAUAUCAGCUUGAGAGGAAAACAUGUGUAUUUCGUUCCAGCAGAGUUGGUUGGUGGCGUGGAAUCUGUAUUAGCUGUUGGUGAUGCUGCACGGACAAAUAGCAAAGCCGUGGUGGAAGAUGCAAAUGCUCUUAUAUUACGGUGCGAUAAUGAUGAUUCAAGGAAGGCAUGGCAUAGCCGCCUGCAGGGAGUUAUAUAUCAUACAUCGGAUUCUGCUGCUAUUACUGGUCUAUCUGAAACUUCAUCAGACUCGGAAACAGAACGCAAUGACAAGAAUGAUACAACUGAUCUAUCAAAGAAAGAGAGUGUUUUCAUAACUGGUGUUCUUGAUGAGCUAAAGGUCGACUUUAGUUAUAAUCAUCAGCAUGAGCGAAGUUUCAUUAAGGUGCUUCUUGCUGAAGAGCAUCCACUAUUUGAAUUCCGAGCAUUAGGUGGUCUGGUUGAACUUUCAAUAAAAGGGAAUGAUAUGUUUAUUGGUACCGUUCUGAAAUCCUUGGAAAUUGAAGAUUUGAUUUGCUGCAAUCCUGUGUCUCAGCCUUGCUACUUAGCAAGAUCUGUUGUACGAAGUGCAGAUGCACAAUCAUUAGAUGAUGCUGGGAAUCGGUGUUUUGAAAGAAAUGAUAUGUCCCCAAUUGAAGGAGAUGAUAAAUUUUAUGAAGCACCUGAAGAUUUAGUUGAUUCUUUUGAAUUCGCAACACCCACGUCUCAGAAAGCAUCUGAAUUAGCUAGUUUGGAAAGUUUUCUUUCAUCAGAAAAAACAUUGUUCAUGACUCACAGUUUUAGUCGUGUCACUGGUUUACUCCCUGAUGACAACCUUCUUCCGAGGAGUGAGGCUAUUGAACCAAGUGAUACAUUAGACAGUUUUGUUAAAGCACAAAUAGUUAUUUAUGACCAGAACUCUCCUCUAUACAACAAUAUUGACAUGAAGGUCACAGUGACUCUGUCUACAUUGUCAUUUUUCUGUCGUAGACCAACAAUCCUUGCCAUUAUGGACUUUGCUAAUGCUGUUACUAUUGAGGAUGAAACCUGUGAAUCUUUUAGUGAUGGUUCUUCUGCAGUUGGGGUGAAACAUGAUAUUUCUAGUGAAGAUCCUGUUGACAAUCAACAAGCAACCAAUUUUGAUGAGCCUGUGGUCAAAGGUCUGCUAGGAAAAGGAAAAUCUCGAAUUAUAUUCAAUUUAACAUUAAAUAUGGCUCAUGCUCAGAUCUUGUUGAUGAAUGAAAAUGAAACGAAGCUUGCUACAUUGUCACAAGAAAAUCUGCUCACUGAUAUAAAGGUGUUCCCAUCCUCUUUUAGUAUAAAAGCAUCAUUGGGAAAUUUGAGAAUAAGUGAUGAUAGUCUCCCAAGCAGCCAUAUGUAUUUCUGGAUCUGUGACAUGAGAGAUCCUGGAGGCACUUCAUUUGUUGAGCUGGUUUUUACUUCAUUCAGCAUUGAUGAUGAGGAUUAUGAAGGUUACGAGUAUAGCCUCUUUGGCCAACUUUCAGAAGUGCGCAUUGUUUACUUAAAUCGCUUUGUGCAGGAGGUUACAAGUUAUUUUAUGGGUCUUGUUCCCAAUGAUUCAAAAGAUGUGAAAUUGAAAGAUCAAGUUACAGACUCAGAGAAGUGGUUCACAACUAGUGAAAUUGAAGGAUCACCUGCCAUAAGGUUGGACCUUUCACUUAGGAAACCUAUAAUCCUGAUGCCUCGCAGAACAGACAGCCUCGAUUAUCUGAAGCUUGAUGUUGUUCAUAUUACGGUGAAAAAUACCUUCCAAUGGUUCUCUGGCAGUAAAAGUGACUUGAAUGCUGUCCACCUUGAAAUAAUGACAAUUCUGGUUCAGGACAUCAAUUUAAAUGUUGGUACUAAAUCAAAAUUAAGCGAAAGCAUUAUUAAGGAUGUCAAGGGGGUUUCUAUUGUCAUCCAGAGGUCCCUUCGAGACUUAAUGCAUCAAGUACCAAGUAUUGAAGCUGUAAUCAAGAUAGAGGAAUUGAAAGCAGACUUGUCAAACAGGGAUUACCAGAUUGUGACUGAAUGUGCACUUUCUAAUAUAUCUGAGACCCCACACAAUGUUCCGCCAUUAAACAGUGAUUUUUUGUCCUCAUCUGUAGAUGUUGUAGAACAUGUUAGUCCUCAAAGUACAGUUAGCAUUGAGCCUAGAACUCCAAAUGGUGAAACUUGGACUGUUUUGAAAGUUUCUGUCAUCAUCAAUCUCGUUGAAUUGGGCUUAUAUGUUGGAGAAGAAUGGGGUUCACCUCUGGCCACUGUGCAGGCAAGUGGUGCAUGGCUUCUUUACAAGUCUAAUACAUUAGGUGAAGGUUUUCUCUCAGCAAGUCUUAAGAGUUUUUCUGUGAUUGAUGACCGCAUGGGAACUGAAGAAGAGUUCAGGUUGGCAAUAGGGAUGCCAAAGAAUCCUCUGGUUUCUGUUGAUGAUACCAUGGGCCAGCUCAUAUCUAAUGCAAAUGUUACGAAAGAGAAUAAUAUCAAACCAUUUCCAACGAUGCUUCUUCUUGAUGCAAAAUUUGGUCAAUUCUCAACAUCCUUAUCUGUUUGUGUCCAGAGGCCACAAUUGCUUGUAGCACUUGAUUUUUUGCUGGCAGUUGUUGAGUUCUUUGUUCCCACAGUUGGCAGUAUGCUGUCAAAUGAAGAAGAUAAGAAGUCCUUACGUAUGUUAGAUGCAAUUAUUCUGGAUAAGUCAACAUUCACUCAACCAUCUGCUCAGUUCUCACUGUCACCUCUGAAACCUUUAAUUGCUGACGAUGAAAAGUAUGAUAAUUUUAUUUAUGAUGGUAAUGGUGGAAUAUUGCAUUUGAAAGAUAGAGAAGGAUUUGAUCUUUCUGCACCUAGUAACGAGGCUAUGAUAUAUGUUGGGAAUGGGAAAAAGUUGCAGUUCAAGAAUGUUAUUAUCAAGAAUGGGCAAUAUAUAGAUUCAUGUAUUUCACUGGGAACCAACAGUUGUUACUCUGCUUCAAAGGAUGAUCUGGUCUACUUGGAGGGAGGACAAGAAAGUCAGCAAGCAGAUGCUUCAAGGGAAAUUGCUAAUGAUAUGGCACCGCAAAAUGCUAUGGUUGAUAGAUCUGCAGAGUUUAUCGUCGAGUUUCAGGCAAUUGGUCCCGAACUGACCUUUUAUAAUGCAUCAAAAGAUGUAGGGGAAUCUCCAGUCUUAUCGAACAAACUUUUGCAUGGUCAAUUGGAUGCAUUUGGAAGGCUAGUUACGAAAGGUGAUACCAUGGAGAUGACUGCAAAUGCCCUUGGCCUGACAAUGGAGAGUAAUGGGAUCAGAAUUUUGGAGCCUUUUGACACCUCCAUUAAGUAUUCGAAUGCUUCUGGAAAGAAAAAUAUGCAUUUAUCGGUUUCAAACAUAUUCAUGAAUUUUUCAUUUAGCAUCCUGAGACUGUUUUUAGCAGUUGAAGAAGAUAUUUUGGCCUUUCUAAGUACAACAUCAAAGGAAAUGACAGUUCAUUGUUCUCAGUUUGACAAAGUUGGAACAAUUAAAUAUCCCAAGACUGACCAGAUAUAUGCCUUUUGGAGAGCUCGUGCUCCGGUUGGUUUUGCAGUUCUUGGUGACUAUCUGACACCAUUGGACAAACCACCUACAAAAGGUGUUCUUGCUGUAAACAUCAACUAUUUGCGAGUCAAGAGACCUGUAUCUUUUAAACGAAUUUGGCCACCUUUAGGUUCUGGAGGCAUCUCCGAUGAAGGUGAAAUUACAUCCAAUACAUUGUCAAAAGACGAGGAAGAAAGCAGCUGUUCUGUUUGGUUCCCUGAAGCUCCUGAAGGCUACGUCGCAUUAGGUUGUGUGGUAUCCCCUGGGAAAUUGCAACCAUCAUUAUCUUCUACUUUCUGCAUCUUGGCUUCUUUUGUUUCUCCUUGUUCACUCAGGGACUGCAUUACCAUCAGUGACACCAAUCAUCUAGCAUUUUGGCGUGUGGAUAAUUCUCUUGGGACCUUCUUGCCAGCAGAACCAACAACUUUGAGGUUGUUAGCGACGGCAUACGAAUUACGUCAUGUAAUUAUUAGGUCUCCUGAAGUCUAUCCAAAAACAUCUAGAGUUUCAGACACCCAAACUUUUCCAAAUGGUCGUGUCAACAAUCAACGGUCAGAAAGUUCGAAGGUUGUAAAUUCUGGUCGGCGUUUUGAAGCUGUUGCUAGUUUUAGGUUGGUUUGGUGGAACAGAGGUUCGAGCUCUAGGAAGCAACUAUCCAUAUGGCGUCCAGUGGUCCCCCUAGGAAUGGUGUAUUUUGGUGAUAUUGCUGUUCAAGGGUAUGAGCCUCCAAAUACAUGCACUGUUCUUCAUGACACUGGAGAUGAUGAGCUUUUCAAAGCUCCUGUAGGAUUCCAGCGUGUUGGACAGAUUAAGAAACAGAGAGGAAUGGAGAAUAUUUCUUUUUGGUUGCCUCAAGCUCCUCCAGGUUAUGUUUCUGUGGGUUGUAUUGCAUGUAAGGGCCCACCAAAGCGACAAGAUUUUUGCACAUUAAGAUGCAUGCGGAGUGAUAUGGUAAGUGGAGAUCAGUUUUUGGAAGAAAGUGUUUGGGACACAUCAGAUGCGAAGUUUUGUACAGAACCAUUUAGCAUUUGGGUUGUUGCUAAUGAUUUGGGGACUUUUGUUGUCCGUGGUGGGUUCAGAAAACCUCCAAGAAGGUUUGCUUUAAAGCUGGUAGAUCCAGAUUUACACAGUGCUUCAGAUGAUACUGUCAUUGAUGCAGAAAUAGGGACCUUUUCUGUAGCCGUUUUUGAUGACUAUUGUGGUCUGAUGGUUCCAUUGUUUAAUAUAUCAUUGAGUGGAAUAGCAUUCAGUUUACAUGGAAGACGGGACUAUUCAAAUUCUAUUGUUAGCUUCUCUUUGGCUGCCAGAUCAUAUAAUGAUAAAUAUGAAUCCUGGGAGCCGAUUGUUGAGCCGGUGGAUGCGGUUUUAAGGUAUCAGUAUGAUCCCAAUGCCCCUGGUGCAGCAUCUCAGUUACGUUUCACCUCCACAAAGGAUCUCAACUUGAAUAUCUCAGUGUCUAAUGCUAAUAUGAUUAUUCAAGCUUAUGCAAGCUGGAAUAAUCUUAGUGAUAUUCAUCAAUAUCAUAAAAGACCGGAAGCAUUUUUUCCAACCUCUGCUACAAGAUCUGUCAUUGAUGUCCACCACAAGAGAAGUUACUACAUCAUCCCGCAAAAUAAACUUGGGCAGGACAUUUUUAUUCGAGCCACUGAGAUGAGACGGCUUGCGGAUGUUAUUAGAAUGCCAUCUGGGGAUAUGAAGCCUAUAAAAGUUCCUGUUUCAAAAAAUAUGUUGGACUCUCAUUUGAAUGGAAAGCUGUGCAGGAAAAUUAGAACAAUGGUGACAAUCAUUAUAGCUGAUGCAACGUUACCCAGAGUUGAAGGGUUGACUUCUCAUCAUUAUACUGUGGCUGUUCGCCUUUCUCCUGAUCAAAGCCUUCCAAGUGAAUCACUGAUUCGUCAACAAAGUGCACGUACAUGCGGGCGCAUCUCAAGUUACUUGUCUUCUGAUACUGAAUUUGUUGACUGGAGUGAAAUAUUUUUCUUCAAAGUUGACUCUCCAGACACAUACAUUGUGGAGCUAAUUGUUUCUGAUGUAGGAAAAGGUGAGGCUAUCGGAUUCUUUUCUGCACCCUUGAAUCAUAUAGCCAUGUACAUCCCAGAUGAUUCCCCUCAGUACAAUCAGACCAAUAGCUCAAUGUGGAUGGACUUAUCCUUGUCAGCAUCUAUGAAUACCGCUCAAGCAGAUAGGAGGGGGAAGAAGUCAAGUGGGAAACUAAAAUGUGCUGUAAUUUUGUCUCCAAAAUCUAAUACUGAUGAAACAAAUGAAUACUUUGUUGGUGGCAGAAAAUCGAGAUUCAUUCAGAUAAGUCCUAGCAUGGAGGGCCCUUGGACUACAGUGCGGCUGAACUAUGCGGCACCGAGUGCUUGUUGGCGUUUAGGCAAUUAUGUUGUGGCUAGUCAAGUUACUGUAAAGGAUGGCAACAGAUAUGUAAAUAUUAGGUCUCUGGUCUCUGUACAUAACAACACAGAUUUUGUACUUGAUUUAUAUCUUGUAUCCAAGGCUUCGAGUGAAAUGAUGGAACGGCCUACUGAUUUAAGCAUGCCUGAAGGUAUGCAACAUGAUGGUAACAGAAUUCAGACAGAUGAGUUCUUUGAAACUGAAAUAUAUGAUCCAAAUACUGGAUGGAUUGGUUCCAAUGCUCAAUUGAAUCAAGAUCAAACUUAUGCUGGAGGCUCCCAGCAGGCUACUUCUGGACUUGAGUUACCUUCAGGUUGGGAGUGGGUAGAUGAUUGGCAUUUGGAUACUUCUUCUGCUAAUACCAAUGGUGGAUGGGUUUAUGCUCCAAAUGUAGAAAGCCUAAAAUGGCCUGAGUCAGAUGAUUCCCUAAUAUCUUCGAAUUCUGUGAGACGAAGAAAAUGGAUUAGGAAUAUGAAACAAACAUCACCUAAUGCAAAGAAUGAUAUAUUUGUCGGCCAGUUGAAACCUGAUGAUACAGUGCCCCUUCCCUUAUCAGCCUUAACUCAGUCUGCACCAUUUGUGUUUCAGUUGCGACCUUCACAUUUUGAUGGUCCUGAUAAGUAUUCCUGGAGUUCUGUAGUUAGAAAGCCUGGUCAACUAGAAGUUUCUGGAAAAUCUACUGAAACUUCUGAGAUAUAUGUAUCAGCUCUCACUGAGUCUGAGGAAUUGCUUUGUUGCACCCUGCUAAGUGAGACAUCUUCAAAUAAUUCUUCACGUAAAAUUUGGUUUUGUUUAGACAUACAAGCAACUGAGAUUUCAAAAGACAUUCACUCUGAUCCUAUCCUUGAUUGGAGUAUUCUGGUCAAAUCCCCAUUAUCUAUCACCAACUAUCUUCCUCUUACAGCUGAAUAUUCUAUCCUUGAGAUGCCAGCAAGUGGUCAUUUCAUUCCCUGCUCCCGAGGAAUAUCUCGCCCUGGAAGAACUGUGAAUAUAUACAAUGCCAAUAUAUGUAAUCCUUUAUUCUUCUCACUACUUCCUCAGAGGGGAUGGUUGCCAUUACAUGAAGCUGUUCUGAUCUCACAUCCUCAUGGCAUUCCAUCCAAAACAAUAAGCCUAAGAAGUUCAAUCUCUGGAAGGAUUGUUCAACUCAUUAUUGAACAAGAUUAUGACAAAGAACAAAAAAUGAUGUCAAAAAAAAUCAAAGUCUAUGCUCCUUAUUGGUUUUCAGUUUCCAGAUGUCCACCACUUACGUACAGGCUUGUUAAUGUGGGAGAGAAAAAACGCACAAGCAAGAUCAGAUUUCCUCGUUAUUCUAAAAAGAAAACUGAAGAAAUCAUUGAGGAAAUAACUGAUGAGGAAAUGUACGCUGGUCAUACAAUUGCCUCAGCUGUGAACUUUAAUUUGCUUGGCCUUUCUGUAGCAAUUACUGAGUCUAGCAAGGAGCACUUCGGACCUAUUAAAGAUCUUUAUCCCCUUGGUGACAUGGAUGGAUCUUUGGAUAUUUAUGCUUAUAAUGCUGAUGGCAAAUGUAUCCGCCUUUUUGUUUCUGCAAAGCCCUGCCCCUAUCAAUCUGUUCCUACAAAGGUGGUUACUGUCCGGCCAUACAUGACCUUUACAAACAGACUCGGUCGGGACAUAUACAUUAAGUUAAGCAGUGAAGAUGAGCCUAAAGUUCUUCGUACUUCUGAUUCAAGAAUGUCCUUCUUACAUUGUGAGAAUGAUGGGAUAGAUAAACUUCAGGUACGACUAGAAGAUACAGAAUGGUCAUUUCCUGUUCAAAUAGUGAAAGAGGAUACCAUCUCAUUGGUUUUGAGGCGGCAUGAUUCUUUAAGGACCUUUUUGCAAGUAGAAAUUCGGGGCUAUGAAGAAGGAUCGCGAUUUAUAGUAGUAUUCCGCGUUGGAUCAACCAAAGGUCCAGUUAGAAUUGAGAAUAGAACCUUCGACAAAACAAUAUGCAUUCGCCAAUCUGGAUUUGGUGAGUAUGCAUGGACUACUUUAGAAGCUCUUUCAACUACAAUAUUUUCUUGGGAAAAUCCCUAUGGACAAAAGUCCAUUGAUGCUAAAAUUGAUGGAGAUGGCAACAACCGAGUUUGGAAAGUCAAUUUGGAAAGGGCUGGGCAAUUUUCUGCAGACGAAGGAGAACUUGGAAUGCACUUGCAUGUUUCCAAAAUAGGAAAUAUCAAAAUUGUUAGGUUCACCGAUGAUUGGACUUGGAAAAGCUCGCAUGAAGAUAUGUCUCUGUUGGCUGCUGGAAAGCCACAGAUGGACAUCACGCCUGUAGAAAUCAUCAUUGAAUUGGGAGUUGUUGGGGUGUCUGUUGUGGACCACAUGCCAAAAGAACUCUUUUAUCUAUACCUGGACAGAGUCUUUGUAUCAUAUUCUACUGGCUAUGAUGGUGGAACCACCAGCAGGUUCAAGCUCAUACUGGGCUAUUUGCAGAUGGACAACCAGCUUCCUCUAACAUUAAUGCCAGUGCUAUUGGCACCUGAGAAGAUGAGCGAUAUUCGUCAUCCUGUAUUUAAGAUGACUAUUACAAUGCAAAAUGCUACCACUGAUGGCAUCCAGGUGUAUCCGUAUGUGUAUAUACGGGUGACCGACAAGUGUUGGAGGCUUAAUAUUCAUGAACCUAUCAUUUGGGCAUUGGUUGAUCUCUAUAACAAUCUUCAUCUAGAGCAAAUUCCUCAAAGUUCCAAUGUCACUCAAGUUGACCCAGAGAUACGUGUUGACCUGAUAGAUAUUUCAGAGGUAAGGUUGAAAGUGUCAUUGGAGACAGCACCAGCCCAAAGACCUCAUGGAGUUCUGGGUGUGUGGAGUCCUAUACUUUCUGCUGUUGGAAACGCAUUUAGAAUUCAGGUGCAUCUAAGGAGGGUGAUGCGCAAAGACAGAUUCAUGCGGAGAAGUUCCAUAGCUCGUGCAGUUGUAAACCGUAUUUGGCAAGAUUUGAUUCAUAACCCUCUUCACUUGUUAUUUUCAGUAGAUGUACUUGGUAUGACUAGUUCGACCUUGGCUUCUCUGAGUAAGGGAUUUGCAGAGCUUUCAACUGAUGGGCAGUUUCUGCAAAUGCGCUCAAAGCAGAUAUCGUCAAGGAGAAUCACUGGGGUAGGUGACGGAAUUAUUCAAGGAGCAGAAGCUCUUGCCCAGGGUGUUGCUUUUGGUGUGGUUGGGGUUGUGAGAAAACCGGUGGAAAAUGCAAGACAGUAUGGUCUCCUGGGACUUGCACAGGGAAUAGGACGUGCUUUCCUAGGAAUCUUUGUUCAACCUGUCAGUGGGGUAUUAGAUUUCUUCUCAUUGACAGUUGAUGGAAUUGGUGCUAGUUGUUCCAAGUGUUUGGAGGUUUUGAAUAACAAAAGCACCUUUCAGAGAAUUAGAAAUCCCCGAGCUAUUCGUGCUGAUGGUAUACUUAGAGAGUACUCUGAGAAAGAAGCUACUGGUCAGAUGGUACUCUAUCUGGCACAAGCAAGUCAACAUUUUGGCUGUACAGAAAUAUUCAAAGUGCCCUCAAAAUUUGCUUGGUCUGAUCAUUACGAGGAGCAUUUUCUACUAACAAACCACAAAAUAGUUUUGGUGACCAAUAAGCGAGUUAUGCUCUUGCAGUGUUCAUCGCUCGACAAAAUGGACAAAAAACCUUGCAAGAUCAUGUGGGAUGUCCCAUGGAAAGAGCUCAUGGCACUGGAGUUGGCAAACCAAGGCAAUCAGUUGCCUUCUCACUUGCUCCUACAUCUUAAGAAUUUUAAGAGAUCAGAAUCUUUUGUUAGAGUCAUAAAGUGCAAUGUUGAAGAGGUUGAGGGAAUAGAACCACAAGCUGUUAAGAUAUGUUCAGUAGCGCGUAAGAUGUGGAGAAUGUAUCAAGCUGACGUAAACAGCAUUAUGUUAAAGGUUCCUUCAAGCCAGAGAUACGUAUAUUUUUCCGGGAGUGAGAAUGAUAGGAAAUCAGUACAUGCCCUCAAGAAAUCCAUCAUCAAGUCAAGAGAGCUCUCUUCAUCAAGUUCUGCACUUGAAGAAACUAAAUUUGUUAGACACAGUGUAAACUUCAUGAAGAUCUGGAGCAGCGAGAGAGAAUUGAAAGGUCGAUGUUCGUUAUGCAGAAAAAAGGCAUCAGAUGAUGGUGGAUUGUGUAGCAUUUGGAGGCCCAUUUGUCCAGACGGGUAUGUCUCUGUUGGUGACAUAGCUCGUGUUGGGAACCAUCCUCCUAAUGUUGCAGCUGUUUAUCGAAGCAUCGACAAGCUAUUUGCACUUCCUGUGGGUUAUGACUUGGUGUGGAGGAAUUGUAUGGAUGACUACACAACUCCAUUGUCUAUUUGGUAUCCAAGAGCUCCUGAAGGAUUCACCAGUCUCGGUUGUGUUGCUGUACCGGGUUUUGAGGAGCCAGAACCCAAUUUAGUACAAUGUGUGGCCGAAGUAAUAUUGGAGGAAACUACAUUUGAAGAGCAAAAAAUAUGGUCUGCACCAGAAUCAUAUCCAUGGGGUUGUCAUGUUUACCAAGUCAAAAGUGAAGCUCUUCAUUUUGUUGCUUUAAGGGAAAGUAAAGAAAACAAGGAUUGGAAACCCAGGAAAAUUCCUGAUCAUUUCCAGCCUCAGCAAUCAUUAGAAGCUCACUGAAUCUUUUUUUUUUUUUUGCUAUUUUUUUAGAUUGAAUGUGAGAUGUAUGUAUGUGUGUACAAAUUGAUUUGACCUUUAAGUAUUGUUAAUACCAAAAAUCAAAGAUGUAAAUGAAUUCCCAAGAAGCAUUUUUUUGAUAAAGCAAAGUACAUUUCAACAGAA